AUGACGGGCGCAGAGACAAAGAAACAGAAGAAGGUGACUAGCAGGGGGAGUUCUGGCAAUGCAAAACUAUUUCUGGAUAAAGAUGCUAAGAAGAGGUAUGAUACAUUUAUUGUUAAAUGUCUUCUGUUAAUUGAGCGUGGUGUUUACCUUGAUGAGUUAGUGGGCAGUGUGGAUUGCCCUGAAAUACUUCGACGUCGAAAAUGGGAAACUCUGUUUGAUGUGAGUGUGGAAGAUAAAACAUAUGUGUAUCUGGUGAAAAUUUUUUAUGCAAAUGUUCAUGAGUACAAAGAGAAUGAGCUGACAUUCAAUUCAUUGGUUAGGAAAAUAUCCAUCACUAUUUUGCCUGAUCUUAUUUCAAAUAUAUUAAAAAUUGAUAGACCAGACAUUCCUGAGAAUGCCAUUGUCUUUCCAUAUUCAAGUAAGGAGCAGGUUCCUGAUAUGAUGACGGUUAUUCGAGGAGGUAUAUUGCUGAGCUUGGAUACGAUACGACAUAACUAUUAUAUGCUAUUGGUGAACAUGAGUUUUAUGUACCCCAUGAAUGCAAUGGGUAUGGGUACAUUUAAUAAAAGUGUGGAAGCUAUUCUUGGUGUGAAACGGGUCAAGCGUGUGAAGCAACCAUCAGUGGUGUCUCAGGUUGUGAGUAGUCAAGCUGGGGCUAGUCAAGGUGGUUCUGAUGUUGGUACUAGUGAGGGUGGACAAACACUUCAGCAAAUGGUUGAAAAAUUGGAGGCCCGAUUUGAAAAGUUCGAGGAUGAAAUGAAGGGUUCGUUACAGCGUCUGGAGUCAAAAUUAGAUUGUUUUUAUAAGGUCAUUAACGAGUCCAUCAACAAAUGA